AUGGAGACGGGCGACGUAGAAACGGCGAUACAGAAUGGUACGCUGGACUACAAUGGGUGCAUGAAGGAGUUUUACCGGCGCAGAGACAUCUUCGAGGCUGAUGCCGCGCUUCUCCCCGAUGUGCGAGCACGAGGUGACCAGAUUUUCAAUCAUGCGAUUGGAUUCGGCGUCCUCGAUGCUGUCUGCGAGGAGAAACCUGUAGUCUGUGUUCUGCAGGAAACGAUCAAGAGCAUUGAGGCUUUGUGCGAUGAAAAUGCGGCUCUGCUCCAGCAGCAACAAGGUGUGCAGGCCACGAGCGAUACAGCCGAUGAGACGGCCCUGGAGUCUGUGCCGGAUUUCCUGCAAGACCCGCCCAGCGAGCGCGCAGAAGCACUCUUUGACUCUGAAGAAUCCUCCGACGAGGCAGACGAGUCGGACUCUGAUUACGGAGCCAAGUCCUCCAAGCGCAAGAGUGCCAGUGCGAAGAGUACCACUGCAAAGGGUACCAGUGCAAAGGGCAAAGGCAAGCGAGGAAGACCCAAAACCAAGCACUUGCACGAAGCAAAACUCGAAGCGGCAGUCGUGUUGUGGAGGCGGCGGAAGCGCGCUGCUCACUUCUCUGCUGAACUCACUGGAAGAGAUCCAAAGCGCCAUCUGUAUGGUCCGACAGUCAUGCCAUACCCAAAGUCCAAGUCAUCAUCAUCGUCGUCGUCGACCAGUCUUCAUACAGAAGAUUUCAUGGACGACACCGACGACGCUGGCUCAGCACACGAUACAGCGGAUGAAGCCGAUGAAGAGCUAUCUCAAGAUGUACGUGUGUUUGUUUAUGCUCCAAAGGCAAGUAUGCACAGCUUGACAAAGACUGACAAACAACAGACAGCAUGUGUCUCUAGCAAACCGCCCGUCGACGAGAACAACCCCCCCAAACUCAAAAUCCGCCUCUACAUGCCCAAAACUACUACUCCGACUACUACUACUACCCCGACUACUCCGACUACACACAAGAACGUCCCAGAGAGCUACUACACUGCACGUCCCAAAGACGCUAAAAGCCUCGUUGUAAAACUCAAAUACAGGACCCAUCUUGCCAAGCAGAAACGCUGUAUUCUGAAGCUCAAGAUCCCAUCGCUGCGUCUGGCUGUUCUGGAACGCGUAGAGACGCCUUCGCGCAAGCGUCAAGCAGCUUCUCCGCACGCACGCGGUGGGCACAGCGCUGAGGCCGUAGACAUCAACACCACCACCACCACCACCACCACCACCACCCAAGGAGCCCUCGAGUCCAGCCGUCCAUCCAAGAAAGCAAAAACUUCCGCACCGUACGAAACCAUAAUGAAUCCUCAGACAUCGUUGUUGUCGUCCUCACAGGCACACUCACGCCGCGGCGCUAUAUCUACAUGGAAGGUGUUUACUACCGCCGACCCGCCCAAGGGGGCACGAGCAUCUACAUCUACAUCGACAGUUCAAGAGCCAAAGAGACAAUCUGGACGCGGCCCCGUUGCCAGUGCCAGUGCCAGUACAAGCAAGGUUCCCAGCAGCAUCGACAUCGACAUCUACAGCAGCAGCAGCAGCAGCACCUCUCCACCGUCGCACCCGCAAAGCAGAAGCGCCACGCGAGCCGCAAAAUACACUCGAUACAGGACUCCAGACGGCGGAACGCAUUCCCGACACAACAGCAGCAGCAGCAGCAUCCUCACAACCAGCACUCCCUUCACCCACCCAUCCACCAACACCAACACCAACACCAACACCACCAGAACCAGCAGCAGCAUCCUCACAACCAGCACUCCCUUCACCCACCCAUCCACCAACACCAACACCAACACCAACACCACCAGAACCAGCAGCAGCAGCACGACCAAAAAACCCCUAACCUUCCCCUCCUUCCCCUUCCUCGCCGCCCACUCCCUCCCCCACUUCCACCGCGGCGCAACCAUAGCCCUCGAAAACAUUCUCGAAGACCACCAUCACCACCACCACCACCACCACCACGCUGCUUCCCACAGCGAUGCCGGUCCAGCCCCAAAAACACUCUGCGAACUGGUGCAGGAACUACACGAUACACGGCCUGUAGUGCGGGACUGGGAGCACGUUACUGUCAUGGCGGGUGGGGAGUGGGUGUUUGGUGUUUUGAAGGGGGUUUGGGAUGCGAGCACUGGUGGUGGUGGUGGUGAUAGUGGGGAUGGAGAUAGUGGGGAUGCGGAUUUGCGGGUUGAGUAUGUGGUGGGUGAGUUGGGGGGUUGGGUUGAGCGGGAGAGGAAGAGGCUGAGGGAGAGGUAUGAGCGUGGUUGUGAUGAGGAGGAAGAAGAAGAAGAAGAAGAGGAGGAGUGA